AUGGCAACCAAAAUUGGUUACAGUUCUCCAGGUGUAGACGGCAGAAACCUGGCCUUAGGGAAGCCGGCCAGCCAGUCUUCCAUCCAUCCCCAUGACAUCAUUGGGUCAGCAGACAAAGCCGUGGAUGGGAACUGCACUGGGGAUUGGUAUCAAAAGUCCUGCACCCACACCAAAAAUGAGAAAAACCCCUGGUGGUUGGUGGACCUGGGGGAGUCUCAUAAAAUCUCGGUGGUGCUGGUGAAAAACCGGCAGGACUGCUGUGGCGAAAGGCUGUUUAAAGCGGAGGUCCGCUUAGGAGACUCUCUGGAGGACCAUGGAAGAGCCAAUCCCCUCUGUGGGAUUAUCCCGAACCCCAGCCCAGGCUCCAUCACCACCAUCUACUGCAACGGGAAGCAAGGCCGCUACAUCAGUGUCCACUUACCCAGGAAGGAGUACUUGACCAUCUGUGAACUGGAGGCCUAUGGCAUCAAACAAUCCCAAUCAGAUUGGGUAAGGAUUGGAGGACUUCCAGCCCUCUGGACAUCGCCAAGAGACCGAAGGAGGAUGAAGCUCAUCGUCUGGGGGGCUCUGCUGGCCACCACCCUCCUGGCAGGCCCUGCAGCAGCUCAGAGUUGCGGGCCUCCACCUGGAGAUUCAGAGCCAAAUAAUUUGGCCUUAGGGAAGUCAGUCUUCCAGUCCUCCAUCGACCACAAUGGACCACCAGAGAAAGCUGUGGAUGGGAACUGCAACGGGAUAUAUUCCAAUGGCUCCUGUACUCACACCCACCAAGAGAGAAACCCCUGGUGGUUGAUGGACCUCGGGAAGUCUCAUAAAAACUUGAUGGUGGUGGUGAAAAACCGGCAGGACUGCUGUAACCAAAGGCUGUUUAAAGCGGAGGUCCGCUUAGGAGACUCUCUGCAGGACUAUGGAACAGCCAACCCUCUCUGUGGGAUUAUCCUGGACAGCAGCCCAGGCUCCGUCUCCAACAUUUCCUGCAACGGGAAGCAAGGCCGCUACCUCAAUGUCCACUUACCCAGGAAGGACACCUUGACCAUCUGUGAACUGGAGGUCUACAGCCCCAAGUCAUCUGAUCUAUGGAUCCCCAGGAAUCCCUGUGUGACCACUUUGUCCUUAUUGGGACUCCUCAGAGAGGGAUGGCUGUCAAGCUGUGGGAUUAUCCCGAACCCCAGCCCAGGCUCCAUCACCACCAUCUACUGCAACGGGCAGCAAGGCCGCUACAUCAGUGUCCACUUACCUGGGGAGGACUACUUGACCAUCUGUGAACUGGAGGCCUACAGCACUUGUAUAGCUCCCAAUCAGAACCGAGGCUGGUCAGAGGGAGGUCCGCACUCACCUGAAGCACCUGCAAGUGGAAAGAAGCUCUCCUUGUUCACCCUCCAGCGAGGACUUCCAGCCCUCUGGACAUCGCCAAGAGACCGAAGGAGGAUGAAGCUCAUCUGGGGGGCUCUGCUGGUCACGACCCUCCUGGCAGGCCCUGCAGCAGCUCAGAGUUGCAGCCCUCUACCUGGAGAUUCAGAGCCAAAGAAUUUGGCCUUAGGGAAGCCGACCUCCCAGUCCUCCAUCUACCCCAAUGAGUAUGGUGGACCACCAGAGAAAGCUGUGGAUGGGGACUGCAGUGGGCUGUGGACCGAUGCCUCCUGUACCCACACUAACUUGGAGAGAAACCCCUGGUGGUUGGUGGACCUGGGGGAGUCUCAUAAGAUCUCGGUGGUGAUGGUGAAAAACCGGCAUGACUGCUGUGGCGAAAGGCUGUUUGAAGCGGAGGUCCACUUAGGAGACUCUCUGGAGGACCAUGGAAGAGCCAAUCCCCUCUGUGGCAUUAUCCCGAACCCCAGCCCAGGCUCCAUCACCACCAUCUCCUGCAACGGGCAGCAAGGCCGCUACAUCAGUGUCCACUUACCUGGGGAGGACUACUUGACCAUCUGUGAACUGGAGGCCUAUGGCCCCAAGUAGAGAAGCCACUGCGUCCUGUCUGGCAACUGGACGAAUGACCUGGCCUCCACCGUCCUGUUCGGCAGCGUCAGUAACACCGGGGUCUUCAGCGGCGUCUACCAAACGGCCGUCUCGUCCUCCGCCAACCCCAUCCGGCCAUCCCCGCUGCGGGGCAUCCAGCGCAAGGGGGACAAGCCCACCUUCGGCUUCACCGUCAACUGGAGCUUCUCCGAGUCCGUCACCGUCUUUGCCGGCCAGUGCUUCGUGGCUGAGGACGGGAAGGAGCUGCUGAAGACCGUCUGGUUGCUGCGCGAGACAGCGGCCUCCAAGAAAGACGACUGGGGAGCAACCAAAAACCGAGGCUGGUCAGAGGGAGGUCCGCACUCACCUGAAGCACCUGCUGGUGGAAAGAAGCUCUCCUUGUUCACCCUCCAGGAAGGACUUCCAGCCCUCUGGACAUCGCCAAGAGACCGAAGGAGGAUGAAGCUCAUCGUCUGGGGGGCUCUGCUGGCCACGACCCUCCUGGCAGGCCCUGCAGCAGCUCAGAGUUGCAGGCCUCCACCUGGAGAUUCAAAGCCAAAGAAUUUGGCCUUAGGGAAGCCGACCUCCCAGUCCUCCAUCUUCCCCAAUGGACCACCAGAGAAAGCUGUGGAUGGGAAUUGCAACGGGAUGUGGAAUGGUGCCUCCUGUACCCACACUUACCAAGAGAAACCCUGGUGGUUGAGGGACCUCGGGAAGUCUCAUAAAAACUUGAUGGUGGUGUUGAAAAACCGGCAGGACUGCUGUGGCGAAAGGCUGUUUAAAGCGGAGGUCCGCUUAGGAGACUCUCUGCAGGACUAUGGAACAGCCAACCCCCUCUGUGGGAUUAUCCUGAACACCAGCCGAGGCUCCAUCACCACCAUCAACUGCAACGGGAAGCAAGGCCGCUACAUCAGUGUCCACUUACCUGGGGAGAACUACUUGACCAUCUGUGAACUGGAGGCCUACGGCCCCAAGUACUGUGGGACCAUCACCGAUACCCUGGGCUCCAUCAGCACCAUCUCCUGUGACGGUCAAGUGGAACGCUACGUCAGCGUCACCAUUCCUGGCCGCACGGUCUCCCUGGCCCUGUGCGAGUGGAGGUCUACGGGACCCAGUCCAGCUACAAACGUGGCCAGAGGACGUCCAGCUUUCCAAUCGUCCACCUACGUGAGCCAGUUCAAUUCAGUAGCCAGAAAAGCCGUAGACGGGAACUGCAGCGGACGCUGGAUUGGGCAGAACACUUGCACCCACACGAAGCGAGAAAGGGGGCCCUGGUGGUACGUGGACCUGGGUAGCUGGUAUGCCGUCUCUUCCGUGGUGGUGAAAAACCGAGAGGACUGCUGUGGAGAAAGGCUCCAGGGGGCAGAGAUCCGCGUGGCUGACUGCGUGCCCACCCAUGGGCUAUCCAAUCGUCUUUGCUUCUGCUGGGGCUGCCAGGAGCUCAUGCCAGGCGCCUGGAAAUCUCCGCGGAGACGUUCUCCAACUGUCCGUGUUUCCGUCUGUAGGAAGGCAUUAACUGCUCUCUUCUUUAAUUCGCUCUUUCUGAACCACAACAAACCACAGAAGGGUGUCCUCCUUUCUUCCCUUCCAACAGCUGUGGGACCAUCACCGAUACCCGUCUGGGCUCCAUCAGCACCAUCCUGUGACGGUCAAGUGGGACGCUACGUCAGCGUCACCAUUCCUGGCCGCACGGUCUCCCUGGCCCUGUGCGAGGUGGAGGUCUACGGGACCCAGGUGUGAAUCCAGGACCCCUGAGCCUCAGGACACGACUCAAUCU